GGGGCGCGCGCGGCGGCGGGAUGCUGGGCGUAGGGCGCUGCUGCCGCUGCCGGCCGCGCUCUGCCCGACCCUGAGCCGGCGGCGCCGCCGCGCCCAGCCCGCACCUGCCCGGUGAAUAAUGCACUAGAAUGUCAGCGCUGAGAAAGGUGCUGCCUGGCAUACUGCAGAAGCAUUGCUGUAUUUUACCUGACCGGAACACAGAGUCACAGUGUACACUCUGUGGGGAGCCUGAAGAUUUGGAUUCUCUAACAGGGCAUGCAUUUCCAGAGCUGCAAGUGUUAUGGGCAUGUUGAGAACUUCCAGAAGCUGGAUUAAAGCAUCUCUUUUACAAUGAUAUCUAUUCUCGUCCUAAAGCUCCAAGCAAUGGCGAGUCCACCAGCUCCCCUGACCAGCAGUACUCAUGGUCGCCUUCUCACCACUUCAAUGAAGAAAGAUAUUCUCCUGCUUCGAGGAAUAUGAAAGGAUUAUCUGGCAGUCGCAACCAACCACAGUUAUGUUCAGCUCAUACUUGUGGCUUAGCAUCCCCUGAAGAUUGUGAACACACCCACGACCAUAUCCACCAUGGGCAGGAACCAAGGCAAUCGUAUCUUCUCAGCCCCACGGAGAGUUGCCCGAUGGACCACCAUCGUUGCUCGCCGCGCAGCUCCAUUCAUUCUGAAUGCAUGAUGAUGCCCAUGGUAAUGGGCGAUCACAUGUCAAGUAGCACUUUCCCCAGAAUGCACUACAGCUCACAUUACGACACAAGAGACGACUGCGCCAUGUCUCACGGUAACCCUAAGAUUAACCGCAUUCCUGCAAACCUUUUGGACCAGUUUGAAAAGCAACUUCCUCUUCACCGGGAUGGGUUUCACACUUUACAGUACCAGAGGACCUCAACAGCUGCAGAACAACGCAGUGAGAGCCCAGGAAGAAUACGCCAUCUUGUUCAUUCAGUCCAGAAACUUUUUACUAAAUCUCAUUCUCUGGAAGGAUCAUCCAAGGGCAAUGUCAAUGGAACAAAGGGAGACAGUCGAGGGGACGACCAUCAUCAUGGACACCAUUCCAAGCAUGGCAAAAGGAGUAAAAGUAAGGAGAGAAAACCAGAAACCAAGCAUAAAUCUGGAAUGAGCAGUUGGUGGAGCUCUGAUGACAAUUUGGACAGUGAUAGCACUUAUCGAACCCCUAGUGUGGUAAAUAGGCACCAUGCAGAUCAUAUAUCCCAUUGCUACCCUGAGGCGCUCCAGGGACAUUUUGGGGAUCUGUCAUUGAAGACUUCCAAAAGUAACAAUGACGUGAAAUGUUCAGCUUGUGAAGGGCUAGCAAUGACCCCUGAUAGUAAAUAUAUGAAAAGGAGUUCUUGGUCCACACUUACAGUAAGUCAGGCUAAAGAAGCUUAUCGCAAAUCAUCACUGAACUUAGAUAAGCCUCUGGUUCAUCAGGAAAUCAAACCUUCCUUGAGGCCAUGCCAUUACCUUCAGGUACCUCAGGAUGAGUGGGGAGGAUACCCUGCCGGUGGGAAAGAUGAAGAGAUUCCCUGCAGAAGAAUGAGAAGCGGGAGCUAUAUUAAGGCUAUGGGAGACGAAGAAAGUGGAGACUCUGAUACUAGCCCCAAGACAUCACCAAAAUUAGCAGUUCGACCCGAGUCAUUAUUAAAAUCCAUUGGACAAAGACCACUGGGAGAUCAUCAAAAUCAGAGCUACCUUCAAACUGCAAGUGACGUGCCUGGGGGUCACAACCUGGAUCCCUCUGCAAACUACAAUUCCCCAAAGUUUCGCUCAAGGAAUCAGAGCUAUAUGAGAGCAGUGAGCACGCUCAGUCAGGCCAGCUGUGUUAGUCAGAUGAGUGAAGCAGAGGUUAAUGGGCAAUUUGAAUCGGUGUGUGAAUCAGUGUUUAGUGAAGUUGAAGCUCAGGCAAUGGAUGCCCUUGACCUCCCUGGAUGUUUCCGAACAAGAAGCCACAGUUACUUGCGUGCCAUUCAGGCAGGCUAUUCCCAAGAUGAUGAAUGUAUACCUGCGAUGGCAUCUUCCAACAUCACCUCAACUAUCAGGUCAACCACAGCUGUAACUUACACAAGUUACAAAAAAACCCCACCACCGGUACCCCCACGUACCACAUCCAAGCCACUGAUCUCAGUGACGGCCCAGAGCAGCACAGAGUCCACCCAGGAUGCAUACCACGACAGCCGGGCCCAGCGGAUGUCCCCAUGGCCCCAGGACGGGCGAGGGAUGUACAACUCCACAGACAGCUUGGACAGCAACAAGGCCAUGAACCUCGCCUUGGAGACUGCAGCUGCCCAGCGCCACGUGUCGGAGAGUGCCUCCAUCCGAACCAGCGACAAGGCCAUCCUGGUGACUAAAGCAGAGGAGUUCCUUAAGAGCCGGCGUUCCUCCAUAGGGAUCCAGGUGGAAACAGCAACCGAUUCAGAUACUGAGAGCAGAGGCCUGCGGGAAUACCACUCUGUUGGAAUACAAGUGGAAGAUGAAAAACGACAUGGACGAUUUAAGCGCUCAAACAGUGUGACAGCAGCUGUCCAGGCUGACCUGGAGCUGGAGGGCUUCCCAGGACAUAUCACUAUGGAGGACAAGGGACUUCAGUUUGGCUCAUCCUUCCAGCAGCACUCAGAGCCCAGCACCCCCACCCAAUACAGCGCAGUGAGAACUGUACGGACACAGGGACUGUUCAGUUACAGAGAAGAUUACAGGACCCCAGUUGACACCUCAAACCUUCCACCACCAGAGCCCUGGCUGGAGCCAGCCAUUGAGACGGUAGAGACUGGUCGGAUGUCUCCUUGUCGACGGGACGGUUCUUGGUUUAUGAAGUUGCUACAUACUGAAACUAAGAGAAUGGAGGGAUGGUGUAAGGAAAUGGAAAGAGAGGCAGAAGAAAACGAUCUUUCUGAGGAAAUCCUAGGCAAGAUCCGAAGUGCUGUUGGAAGUGCUCAGCUCCUCAUGUCUCAGAAAUUCCAGCAGUUUUAUUGGCUCUGUCAGCAAAAUCUGGACCCGAGUGCCAUGCCGAGACCAACUUCCCAGGACCUGGCAGGUUUCUGGGACUUACUGCAGCUCUCAAUUGAAGAUGUCAGCAUGAAGUUUGAUGAACUGCACCAGUUGAAACUCAAUGAAUGGAAAAUAAUAGAAUCACCUGAAAGGAAGCCAACUGGUUGGUGGAUGGAAGAAAGAAAGGUUCCUCCUCCUGUACCAAAGAAGCCCCCAAAAGGAAAAUUCCCCAUCACAAGAGAAAAAUCUCUGGACCUACCCGACAGGCAGCGACAAGAAGCCAGAAGGCGGCUCAUGGCUGCCAAGAGAGCAGCCUCUUUCCGGCAGAAUUCAGCCACAGAGCGUGCAGACAGCAUCGAGAUAUACAUCCCAGAGGCUCAAACCCGGCUUUAAAGACAGAAUGCUGCAGAGUACCUUUUUUAGACAAAAUGCUUGUACAGUUUGUCACUUACCUGGUAAUUUUUGUCUCAUUCUCUCCAUAAAUAUGCCCUUGCUGUUGUGUUCUUUGUGCCAUAAGCACAGUGGAAUGCUUUUGAUUUUCUCAGAAUUUGCUGAGCUCACCGCAAGAACGACUUCUUUUGUAUUUAUUGUCUGACUUACAAUCAGCUACAAUGGAUAGGGCUUGUUGAGACCUGACUUAUCCAGUAUAUUCUCAGAGGACAACAAGAAACACCUCUUGAGAUGGAACCCAGCUUACUUUUUUGUUAUUUAUAUUUUUAUAAAAUGUGUGAUAAUUAGGGAUAAGAAUAACAAACUAUCAAUGGGUGCAUCUCACCAUUCACUAGAGGCAUUAGCUAAUCCAAGUAGAAGGUGCUACAAACGUAAAGAGCAGGAAAGAAAGAACCCAUUUCUCUCUCUGACCUCCAGUUUCUUUUCCCAGAACCCAGCUAAAAUAUUUACCCAUGUGCUCUGCCACUCUUCUCAUCUUUGUUACCGCAGAAUAAUAUUAGGCCUCUCAUGUCGUGUCACGUUUCUGGAGAUGAACAGGGAUAUCCAGCCACUAAAACUCCAAAGUUCAUCAGAAACCAAGAAGCGUACAAGUCUGGUGGUGUUGGGAAUGCCCACUGAGAAACGUUUGCUGUUAGCAGUAUGACGACACUCUGAAACCUAAGCAAAAUUAUAAUGCAAGAGGACUUGAGUGAUGGGUGAAAGGAAAACGGAAGCCUUAAAAAGUUAGAUCUUCUGUAGCAAGAUGUGUAAAGAAAAAGUUAUACUUACUCCUUUGGAACACUCAUCGCAUUUUUAACAGUUCUUUUAUGUGUUAACGUUUAUUUUAUGAUCCUCUCUUUUCUUUCAAGAGCUGCGCUACAUGUAAUACUUCAAACUCUCAAAACGUUCUAUCAAUUGAGUUUCCAGGGUAUCCUUGAGAAAAAAAAAAAAAUCUUGCUUGUUUAAAAUGCCAGUUGUGAUGUUGUAAACAGUUUAAGAAAUAUGAAUGUGAGUGGUGAGUAAAUCUAAGUUUAAAUGGUUAUGUUAAGGUAAAGGUGAACUGUGGUUUACAGUUGUAUUUUUUUUAGAACUAUUUUUCUAUGCAGUAUCAGUUACAGCAAGAAAAAGCUUCUUGCUUGCUUCACAUGUAACAAACAUGACUCAAGAGGUAAUUGAUUUCCAGCCAUGGAAUAUAUGGAAAAUAAUAAUAUAUUUUCAAGCCUCUCGCUAUUAUUAGAGAAGUAGUGACUACCACAAUCCAGAGGCUUUGGUUUAAAAUAAACUAAGAUAGAAAUAUUCCACUUCACCUACCUUCCAGAGCCACCCGAGCAACCCAGCACUUAGAAGUCUUCAGGUGAAGACGCAAUAAGAUAUGUAACCCAGAAACUCCGACUCCAAGGUUUGAAAGCUCCUCUGUACUACUUUAGGUCCAAACAGUGUUAACACACCAAGACAGACAGCCGCAUCUACCACAUUUCCUGUUUACCUGCUUUAACAAAUGCAAUGUAUUUAAUGUAUUUAGCCAUAGGCAGAACAGCUAUUAAAUUAUACUAUAGCACUUUGGUUCUUCACCUGAUGAGCACUUUAAAUCCACGUCCCACACACCCUCCAGCCUGACAGAUGACUGAAAACGUGAAUUAUCAUAGGUUAUGCAGAUCUGACAUUGCUUCUAAUCUGUUUUGCCUUGGUUCUAUAUAUUUUUUUUUCCUUUUUCUUCUUUUUUUUUCCUACAGCGUGUAGUACGAAGCAUGAGUUCUGUCUUUGGAGCACAGCUGAUAAAGCGUGUUUAGCUUCAAGAUGGGAAUCUUUAGAGAUGAGGUUUUGAGAUGUUUCUGUGAGGAGAAAGCCCUGUAAAUUGAGCCUGAUAUCUGGUAUAUACUUUACCAAAUAGCCUUAAACUACGUUUGGAAGCAAAAACCAAGACGAAUGUAUAUCCCUCAAAAAUGAAAAAAAGAAAAAAAAAGAAAAAAAAAAAAAAGAAAAAACCCUGAAAUAUUCUUCUAUGGAUAAAAACAUUAUCUUUCCCAUCCCUCAUGUUUUCAAGGCAUUUUCUAUAAAGGAAAGAGCUGAAUUCUGGGUAGGGUACAAUAUCGAUGCUAAUUCCUGUAUUUGUUUUACUAUUUUAAAUACAAAUGUACUUGCAGACAUUGGCAUCUUUAGUGUUGAAAACAGGUGUAUUAUUUAAUGUGGAGCUGCUAAUUAGAAAUAUCCACAUAAAACUAGAGCCUUUCCUAGGUUAAGGAAAUUUAAAAUAGGCACACACACCUAUAUCUAUAUAAAUAUAGAGCUGCGGUAUACAUAUAUGGCAGCUGAUACAUUUUCUCUGAUUUCCCUUAUUCUUCACACGUGACUUACCUGCUUGAAAACCCCCACCUGCAGGGACGGGUCAUGCUAUUAAGACAAAUAAAAUCUAAUCCUGCUGGUAACUAGACUUUGGAGACAAAUGGUGAAAAAAAAAAAACCCACAAAGAUUAUAGAUUUAUUUAGAUCACAGUUGACUUAAUAAUGCUGACUUGGAGCAGUCCAUAUAAGUUUUUAAUUGAGAAUCAUAUUUUGAUAUUUUUUUAUAUGUUACCAUGAUACUGGAUGUUCUCAGGCAAAAAUAGGCCUGCAGAAAUGAUACCAACCUUUGAUGUAUUUUACCAUAUUUCCCAUGCCAUUAUGAGAAAAUGUUCAAUAUAAGUUUUGGAUACGUGUGAUUUCUUUUUGUUCCACCUUUGUUUUAAAAAAGAAGAAAGAAAAAAAAAGGAAAUCAAAAUUAAAUUCGAUGCUUACUGAAAGAUUUGAUAAUAUGUUAUCUGUGCAUGUUAUAUUUCAAAGUGCAAUAUAUUAAAUUCUUGUACAGGUAACAUUCUAUCAUUACAGGCAGAUAAGCCAUUACUAUCUACAUACUGUACAUCUGGUUAAUUUAGAAAAAUAACAUUAUGCUUAUCAUACUUGUGUUGCAGAUAAAUCAAAUUGCUUCGGUCCCCAGCUUGAGAAACACAGCACGUGGUACCUUAACAUGAUCUUAACAGAUCAAUUGUAAUCUGACUCCCCAGCAUUCAAAAUAAGAUUUAGUUACAAAACCAGUGUGGGAAGAACAUAACUAAACACAAAGAGAGAAAGUAGAAUACUUUCUGCUAAUGGACGUAGAAUGGCCUGGGUUGAAAAGGACCACAAUGAUCAUCGAGUUUCAACCCCCCUGCUAUGUGCAGGGUCGCCAACCACCAGACCAGGCUGCCCAGAGCCACAUCCAGCCUGGCCUUGAAUGCCUCCAGGGAUGGGGCAUCCACAACCUCCUUGGGCAACCUGUUCCAGUGCGUAUCCACCCUCUGUGUGAAAAACUUCUUCCUAGUAUCCAACCUAAACCUCCCCUGUCUCAGUUUAAAACCAUUCCCCCUUGUCCUAUUACCAUCCACCCUCAUAAACAGCCAUUGCCCCUCCUGUUUAUACACUCCCUUAAAGUACUGGAAGGCUGCAAUGAGGUCUCCCCGCAGCCUUCUCUUUUCCAAGCUCAACAAGCCCAGUUCCCUCAACCUUUCCUCAUAGGAGAGGUGCUCCAGCCCUCUGAUCAUCUUAGUGGCCCUCCUCUGGACCCACUCCAAGAGGUCCACGUCCUUCCUGGAGUACGUUCAUGGAGUCCUUCAUGGAGUACAUCCACACAGAACAGCUGGAAAUAGCAAAAUAGCAUUUAAUUGAAUGCUGAUUGAACUAAUACUUAUUUUCACUGAUUAAAAUUAUAGAAAGUCUCCAUUCAUUUCUUCAUUGCCUGUAAAACACAAGUAUAAUAAACAGAAUUGUAAAGAUUUAAAUUAAGAAAAGCCUGACUGGUGAAAUUGUUGUUAUCUGCCAUACUUACUUUUGCUUUGUAUAUUUUUUUCAGAUUUGAAAUUCUUUGUAAAUUGGUGAAGUACAUUAUGGAGUGUUUUAUUAUUUCUUGUCGACCUGAUCGGAAUGGCCUUUGGCAGCGUACAAAGACUAAUCAUGUUGUAUAGUUUAAUACCAAAAAAUUACAUUUGAAUUCAUGCUUAUACUUUGUCACUAUGUUAGACUUGAGAUAACCAGGAAGGAAUUAAAGCGUGCAUAGGAAGUUGUGUGGAUUUCCUGUCUAUAUAGUACAUUUCAUAUAAUAGAAAUUAUUUGUUUUAAAAUAAGCCCGUGUUUCCUGCUGUAUCAGUAAAUUAAUAACCUAGUUUCUACUCCUUUGGCACUGCAUCUAGAAUAAAGCGAGGGAAUGUGGGGUCAUUUGGUGGUUUUGCAAGGAGAAUACUUUCUCCCUAGGUGUCCAUGUGCCAUAAGUGACCUGCGGUCUCUCCAGGCCCUGCUGAGAUCCAUGGGAUGCAUCCCCCCAGAUCCGCUCGUCUCAGCCAUUGCGUCCAAUCCCUGAAGCUUGCCCAAGCCAGUCUGUGGGUUUGGUGUCCUCACUGGCAUUACGGCACCAAUGCUGGGGACACAUCAGAUGCCAACCCAACAGGGGAUGGUUCAUGAACGGUCACGCAAGGUCUGAGUUUGGGCUGGUAGCUCCAGGUGCCCAGGAGUGUGAGCUGGAAAGCUGUGGUAUCCUGUGGAGCAGGAGCCUUUUUAUGAGGCAGUGUUGGAAUGAAGUGUGAAGCAGUGUUACUCCCAUUGCUAUUCCCAGAGCAAUUACCUUGUGGUGAUAGCACUGGUGAGCUACAUUCCAGGUGAGGAGUAUCAGUAAACCCUUCAAUGUCUAGAGAGGUGCUUCCUGGUGGCCAGCAGGUUGAUGCUUACAUUUACACAGUGCCUUUCAUCCAGAAGGAUCUCCAAGCACUUUAUUAGAGGACAUGCAAACUUCAGGCUGGGCUCCAGCAGGCAGUUCCCCUGCCCACAGCUGGAUGCUGGCCUGGAGAGCAGUAGGGAUGAGGGCCCUCCUGCCUGUCCCCACACUGCCGGGGAGUUUCCUUCCACAUCACCCUCCUAGCACCUAGAGGAGACUUUCCUGGUCCACACCUGUGCCAAAUGGGUAGUGGAGACUUGAUGAGCCAGGAGGAAAACCUGAGCAAAGCAGAGGAGAGGAGAGAGCACUGCUGAUCUUGUACACAGGGACAGAAUCAAAUUAUGUUUCUGGAACAACCUUUGCCUUUUCUAUUUGUGAUGGCCUGAGGUCGUGGUGAUGAAGGAGCUCCACUGGGAGGGUGCCAUCUAUCGGCAGGUGCAGGAGCUGAGCCCUUGCUCUGAGAUCUUAGUAAGCCUCUCCUUCACAAACGCAUCCUCCCACAGCUUUUUUGGCCAGAGAGAUAGGCCUGGGGCAUGCGAUGCAAAAGCAGCCUUCAUGUAUUUCACAACUUCCAAGUGUCCAGUUCUCUCCCCUUCUUCCCUCUAGCCAAGGUAGCACAAGAGAGAACAUGGAGCACAAGAAGGAAUUAGGCAUAAGGAUUAUGCUUAGGUUCAGGCAAUUGCUCUGAAGAAAUGCUCAGCUCUAAUGCUAAGGGUUCUUUGUGCAACAGAGCAAUGGUGACAUCUCUUAGUACUGUGAGGAGGGGCAGAAUAGAGGCAGCUCUUUCACACUGCAGAGAACUGAAGGAUAUAUACAUAUAUAUGUAUACAUAAAAUAAUUUUUCAGUGUUCCAGUUCACAUGUGGUUGGACCCAGGAAUCACUGUCAGUAAUCACAUUCUUGCAGACCGUGUCUCUUCCUUGCAGCUUGGCUAUGGCACUGCCAAUGUGCCACAUCCCAUGGCCCAUCUGCACCAUGUUCACCUUCAGGGAACAUCUUUUGGGAACAGCUGUUUUAUGGCAUACUCAUAUGCAUACACAGGCUCCUGGCAAGAAUUCAGCCCUCUGUAUACACAGAAAUUGCUUAAUUUUUCUUUAUAAUGCAGCUACCUCUGUGGUGUAAUGCUGCAGCUGUUUAACUACAUAAUAGGCUGUUCAGGACAGCAACUAUAAAACUGAAAUUGAAAUGGAAACUUGCCCAAAAGAGAAUUUGGACAGAAUACUAAGGUUGAUUCAACUCCCCUUAACAAAAUAAAAUUCUAAUAGCUGCAAAAGGCCAUGACAUUCAUUAUAUCUAAAACCAUAUUCCAGAUUCCUUCUUAUUAAGCGUAUAUUGCAUUUCAUAAAUGAUGAUCACAGUAAAAGACUGCUUGUUCACGGCCCCACCUUUCCACACGUGGAUGUUCCUACCAUUACCAUUCAUUGAUGAAACAGAAUGGGGCUUCUGAAGUCAGAUCAUAGAUAACAUUAAUUGGUGUGUCUACAGAGUUUGCACCUGAACUGAGCAAACCCAGAACAGUGUUCAUCAGCUGGCAAUUUAAUUCUCUAUUCUAUUAAGGCCAAACUGUUAUUUUUCUAAAUUGGUGUUGCUGGAGAGGAUUUUUUAUGUCUCUAAUACAAAAUACAAAUAUAAUACAAAUACUAAUAGGAAAACAUGAAUAUUUUCACUAACGUUAAAUGAGGGGGAAGUUUGUUUGAAUGUAUGGUCAUUAUUCACCAACACAGCCUGUUAGCGAGGAUUUUACUUCUCCUUUCCUUAUUCUUCUCUCGUUCAGCACAGUGUUCUCCAUUAUUAAAGCUAAACUAUUAAAGUUG